AGCCGCAUUUUGAGCGCACUUAAUGUGGGAAAAUCGUCGUCACUUGUCAGUACACGCCCACCUCGAACAACCCCUGAUUCCCAUCAAAGUGUUAAAACACAAUGAGCCGAUUGCACACACAAUUGUUGCCAAUCUGGAGAUACUCUCAUCUCCAGAAGCGGAUUGCCCAUGCUAAUCGUCAGAUGCGUAAAACUCAAUGAACACUCAAGUGCCAGGGUUCCGGGACAAAAGUCCCAAAGCAGCUAAGAGGCUACUGAAAAAU